CUAGCGCCGAGCUCUUAAUUUCCCUCUCCCAUAAAAGGACAGCUUCAGUUCCCACGAAACCAUCUCUUAUUCGGGGUAGAUACGGUUCUGGUUCUGUGCUUUAGUUGGUCAACUGACUGUCCCUAUUGGACCUCUCGAACAUGUCCAACACCUCGUCUCCUCAUGGGACUUACAUCCCCGUGCGACCGGUGGUAGACUUAACCUCCUUACACCGGUCGGACGCUUCUCGGAGAGCAAAACUCUCCACACCCUGGAACUUCUCCUGCCCCCCUGUUAACCCAAGAGAAGCUUGCAUAAUUCUCGCCGAAGCCGUCGACAACAUAACACCCACCUGGAGCAUGUCGGGCCAAAGCUACAUCCCAAGCCGGUUAAACGACGAACUCGCUCAAUACCGCGAUAUAGACUAUGAUUUCAGCCCAACCGAUCCCCGAGUCGAGCGCAUGCUAGAAGACUUCGAAAUGUCCGAAACCGAGGACUGGAAGUUCCACACGAUGCUGUUCAACGAUCUGUGCGGGAAUCAGUGUGAGGGGAAUCCUCUUGACGAGAUAGACCUGUACGAGGCUGGGUUACUGGAUAGCGUAAUGGUGUCUCUGCUAGAGGGAGAGUAUCAAGGGAGGCUGUUAGACGAGGCGCUGUUGGAGGAUCUAGAGAGGUAUGAGGAGGAGGAGGAGGAGUUUUGGAUGAAGAGAGGGGUCGCGCGGGCGUAUGGAAUGUGGGGUGGGGAUGAUUGCCAGGUGGGGUUGUGUGGCUCAUGUCAGGAGAGCACAUGCCACUUGGGGCAUGAAGAGAUAGAAGCGAACUCUACGUUUCAGGCGGAGCACUCGGGGGAUGUCACUAAGAAGCCGGUUGAGGAGGAGCGGGCCACCAAACCCCAGAUCUACGAGGUGCUCUGGUGGAAGCAAAUGUGUAAGCACGGCGAGGAUGGAGCACCUGGAGUAGUUUUCUGGCACGGGCCCCCCAGAGGCCCAAAUCAGCCCACCGAACCCCGGAAACCCACCCAUAAGGAGGUGAGCUCACCCAUGUUCGAAGCCAUGGAGUACUUGGAACCCCAUGAUAACGACCUGACAAGUUCAGGUAGCGAGUGCGGCCAGAACAGCAUCUACGAGGAACUGCCGGAGGAGGAUCCUGAUUGGAUCAAACUGGAUGAGAGGGAGCAUAUCACUCUACCGUCACCGCCAAGUCCCAUAGUCGAGACUUACGUUAUUGAAAUACCCAAGAUCCCUGAGCAAGAUGAGGCUUGGACACUAAUUGUACCUUCAUAAUAGAAAUGGAGUUACCGAAGUUAUAGGUUCCAGCGGGGGGCGAUGAUACAUUCCGUAUCUGGUCUUGACUAUCUCAAUGUUAAUGUGUUUUUACCCCUGCUGAAAUUUGAGAAGCGCGGGCUCUUUUUUCUUUUUUGCGGUCCUUUGCUUCAUUGCUCCUACCAAGGACAGAAAUUUGUUUAGACUAUAGUGUCACGGGAUAAAUGUUACCAGCAUUCCCUC